UGGCAGUGGCCUUGAGACUUCCUUGCCUUUCCGUGAUUCUCUCGCGUGACGUCCGCCGUUGUCCGCAGAUGAAGUUUAACAAACAUGUUAGCAGCUCACGUCGGAAAGCACGUAAGCGUCAUUUUAAUGCUCCGUCACACAUACGGCGUCGCCUUAUGAGCGCUCCAUUAUCAAAGGAGCUGCGGACGAAGUAUAAGGUCCGGAGCAUGCCUAUCCGCAGAGGUGAUGAGGUUCAGAUUGUCCGAGGUGAGCGGAAGGAGGCUACAUCUGCUAAGGUCACCCGAGUAUAUCGGAAGAAGUUUGUAAUUCACCUCGAGCGUCUUCAGUGCCGAAAGGGUAGUGGUGCGUAUGUGCCGAUCGGUAUUCAUCCUUCCAACGUUGUCAUACACAAAUUGAAGUUGGACAAAGAUAGACGCAAUUUGCUGGAGCGGAAAGCCGCUGGAAGGUUAGACGAGGACAAGAACAAGUACACUGAAGAAACUAUCGAAUAGUUGACUUUCAAUAAAUGAUGGUUGUGCUGCUUUGCCUUGUAAUCCGCCUUCUUUGUGACAAUCGUCGUCAUUCUUAUGUUAUAAGUUUGCUUUCGAAC